GUAUGUAGCUAUCCCCACGCAGCGCGUCUAUGUUCAAAAACCAAUGCAUCUGUGAGGUUUCAGUAUGCAGCUAUCCUCACACACCACGUCUAGGUGUCUCGCAAUCUCCAAUACAAACAACCUGUGAGGUUCAAUAUGUGUCUAUCCUCAUUCAACGCGUCUAUGUGUCCGGCACUCCAACAUCACUCAACCCGUGGGGUUCCAGCAGCUAUCCCCACGCAACCCGUCUAUGUGUCUGGCAAUCUCAAACCUCCCCUUUCCGUGGGGUUUCAGUAUACAGCUAUAAUCACUCAACACGUCUAUGUGUCCGGCAAUCUCCUACAUCACUCAACCUGUGAGGUUUCCGUAAGCAAUCCUCACUCCACGCAUCCAUGCGUCACGCGUCUUUGGUAGCGCAUACUAUGGGGGCUAUAUUUGGGGUGGCGUGUUUUUCGGCGCUUUCUUUGCCAACAGCGCCAACCCACUGAAGUCUAGAUUGGAGGG